CACUACAAAAGAGUAAUAAAUAUGGCGGUCUUCGGAACAUUUGAAGUUUGAACACAAAUCUUCCAUACUCGUUACCCAGUAUCCAUUUCACUGGGUUUCACCUUGUUUGUCUCUAAUCGAUCAUUGUCCCCGAUUUAGGGUUCCGGCGAACUCCCGAUUCUUUUAUAAUGGAUCUCAACGAUAAUCGCUCGCGUAUUGAUCAGUUUUUCUCGUCAAAGAAAAAGAGAACCCUUUCACCAAAGAUUGUUAAAGAUUCAUCUCCUAGUGCAAAAGGAACUUUGGAAAGUUACUUGGUGGCCUCACAGAAUGAAUCUGUGAAAAGAAAUUUGGCACUGGAGAUUGAUUUGUCUACCAAAAAUGUAAAUGGAGAAACCCUUUUGCUUAGUGAUGAUGGCUUCGGGGGUUUAGUUCCGUCCAGACCGGUUCCAAGAGAAGAUUUUGGUGCUGGAGAUGCUGGUAGUGGAUCAGGUAGCCUGGAUACUUCGGACCAAAUUCAAGAUUUUGAGGACGAGGAAAAUCUAAUACAGUAUUGCAGUCAAGUCCAGCAAAGCUCACUUCAUGAGCAAAAAGUGAAUGGGCGUAAAAGAUUUGGAAGUCCAUCGGAGCUUGUUGUAGAAGGUACAACAUCUAAGAGAAGACAUUAUGUUGUUGAUAAAGAAAACUCACUGCCAGAUGAGCAGACGCCACCUUGUGAUAAAAGGGCUCCUGAUGCUGAGUCGUGCAGCAGUUUUUCUACUGAAGCUAUCAACUCCACCGCACGAGUAGACUUUAAUAAAGAUUUUUGCAAGUCUCAAGUCAGCUUAAGAAAAUGCAAUAAAAUUACCGAGUCGGCUUCAAUGGUGAAUGACUGCACCACGCCUGCUGCACGUUGUACGAAAUUGAGUGCCCGUGAAACUCCAGUAUCACUUCAUGGGAGCUCUGUAUUCUCACUGGGAGAAGCAUUUUGGAAUGAGGCAAUUCAAGUUAUCGAUGGUUUAUGUGCUCAAACUGGUAAUGACUUACACCAAGUGGGAAACGAUACUUGUAUGAAGAAGACUCAAGAUGUAGAGUUCUCUCGUGAUUGUGCUGUUGAAAGUUCAAAUAAUAAAGUCAAUGUGCCAGCCGAUAUUGAUGCUAGUUGUUCUAAGCAAACUGAACUUAAUACUACAUUGCUGGGGAAGUUUGAGGAAACUGGGGAACUAGACGCAUCCCCAUUGCCAGUAAAGCAUUUUGACUUUUCAUGCGAUGGCAAAAAUUUGGUUGUAGGUCAGCCAAGUCAUCUUUGUUUAGAAAACAGAGAUAGAGUUGCUAAUGAUAGCACAACAUGGAGUUCUGUAGAUCAAAAGAGACCAGAAGAUAAGAAUGCAACACCACCUGUUUUUGAAACUCAGAAGAGGAGGCAUGACUUGUUAGGUCCUAUUGGUGGCAACAUCAGUAAAGAUUCACCAAAUAGGGAUAUUGCAGACUUUGUGGUUCCUGUUAUCACCAAUGGAGCUACUACUCCUUCAAGUUACAUGCCGUUGAAAGAUGGGUUGGACAUAAGCAAUUGGCUCCCCUCUGCAAUAUGCAACAUUUAUAAAAGAAAAGGAAUAGCAAAACUCUAUCCUUGGCAGGUUGAUUGUCUUCAAAUAGAUGGCGUUUUGGAGAAGAGAAAUCUCGUUUAUUGUGCAUCUACAAGUGCUGGGAAGAGUUUUGUUGCUGAGAUCUUGAUGUUGAGACGUGUCAUAGACUCUGGGAAAAUUGCCCUGCUAGUGCUGCCUUAUGUUUCAAUCUGUGUUGAAAAGGCAGAACAUCUCGAGGUCUUGUUGGAACCCAUUGGCAAGCAUGUACGUACUUAUUAUGGGAGCCAAGGCGGAGGAACACUUCCUAAAGAUACAUCAGUAGCUGUCUGUACUAUUGAGAAGGCCAAUUCAUUAGUUAACAGAUUGCUGGAAGAAGAUAGAUUAUCAGAAGUCGGCAUUAUUGUUAUUGAUGAACUACACAUGGUUGCUGAUCCCAGCAGGGGUUAUUUGUUGGAGCUUCUAUUAACAAAGCUUCGCUAUGCAGCUGGUGAAGGUAAUGGUGAGGCAUGUAGUGGUGGAAGUUCAGCCACAAGUAGUGGUAAGGGUGACAUAGCGACUGGUCUGCAAAUUGUUGGAAUGAGUGCUACAAUGCCAAAUGUGGCAGCAGUUGCAGAUUGGCUUCAUGCAGCUUUAUACCAGACUGAAUUUCGUCCAGUCCCCUUGGAAGAGUAUAUAAAAGUGGGUAACAAUAUCUUUGACAAAAGUAUGGAAAUAGUUAGGACAUUUCCUAAGUCGGCAAAUCUUGGAGGCAAAGAUCCAGACCAUGUUGUUGAAUUAUGCAAUGAGGUUGUUCAAGAUGGUCAUUCUGUACUUAUAUUCUGUUCUAGUCGGAAAGGAUGUGAAUCUACUGCUAAGCAUAUUUCAAUGUAUCUUAAGAAGUUCUCGGUGAAAAUUCAAGACGAGUCUAGUGAAUUCACUGAUGUUUUCUCAGCCAUCGAUGCCUUGAGAAGGUGUCCUGUGGGUUUAGAUCCUGUGUUAGAGGAAACUCUCCCCUCUGGUGUCGCUUAUCAUCAUGCUGGCCUCACUGUUGAGGAAAGAGAAAUUGUGGAAACUUGUUACCGUAAAGGUUUGGUACGUGUCCUUACUGCGACAUCCACUCUUGCGGCUGGUGUUAAUUUGCCUGCAAGGCGAGUCAUAUUUCGACAACCCAAGAUUGGUUGUGAUUUUAUUGAUGGGACGAGGUAUAAACAAAUGGCUGGCAGAGCUGGUCGAACUGGUAUAGAUGCAAAAGGAGAAAGUGUGCUUAUCUGUAGGCCUGAAGAAAUCAAGAGAAUAAAGGCCCUUCUGAAUGAUAGUUGCCCGCCAUUGCAAUCUUGUCUUUCUGAAGAUAAAAAUGGAAUGACUCAUGCUAUUCUUGAAGUUGUGGCUAGUGGAAUUGUUCAAACAGCAAAUGAUAUUCAUCGAUAUGUGAGGUGUACGCUCUUAAAUUCUACAAAACCAUUUGAAGAUGUUGUUAAAUCUGCGCAAGAUUCUCUUAGGUGGUUAUGUCAUAAAAAGUUUCUUGAAUGGAAUGAACAUACAAAAUUGUACAGCGCCACUCCUUUGGGACGUGCUUCUUUCGGAAGUUCUCUUUCUCCAGAAGAAUCACUGAUUGUUUUGGAUGAUCUUUCUCGAGCAAGAGAAGGAUUUGUGCUAGCAUCUGAUCUGCAUUUGGUUUACUUGGCAACACCCACCAAUGUUGAUGUUGAGCCUGAUUGGGAAUUGUUUUACGAAAGAUUUAUGCAGCUGUCUUCCAUAGAGCAGUCAGUUGGAAACCGCGUUGGAAUUGUAGAACCAUUUUUGAUGCGAAUGGCACAUGGUGCUCCUGUACGUACUGGAAGUCAUUCGAGGAAUGCUAUAAAAGGCUUGCAUAGCCGAAUAGAUUCUCAGCUGGGAGUAUCAAAAUCCAAUGCCCUCUCAGAUGAACAGUCUCUUCGUGUGUGCCGGCGAUUCUAUGUUGCUCUUAUUUUGUCACGAUUAGUGCAGGAACUACCAGUUGGCGAGGUUUGUGCAGCCUUCAAAGUAGCACGAGGAAUGGUUCAAGCAUUACAAGAAAAUGCUGGAAGAUUUGCGUCCAUGGUUUCUUUAUUUUGUGAGCGACUUGGUUGGCAAGAUCUGGAAGGCUUGUUUGCUAAAUUUCAAAAUCGUUUUUCUUUUGGAGUGAGAGCAGAGAUUGUAGAGCUUACUACUAUCCCAUGUGUAAAGGGCUCUAGGGCUAGAGCAUUAUACAAAGGUGGCCUGCGUACUCCUUUAGCAAUUGCUGAAGCAUCUAUUACUGAAAUAGAAAAAGCUCUCUUUGAAUCAGUAUCUUGGACUGCCCAAGCAGAUCAAGCACAGAGGCGCAUUCAGUUGGGAAUAGCAAAGAAGAUUAAAAAUGGUGCAAGGAAAAUUGUGCUUGAUAGAGCUGAGGAGGCGAGAGUUACUGCAUUCUCGGCAUUCCAAUCGCUUGGACUGACUGUUCCUCAGCUCUCUUGUCCAGUCUUGUUACCUACCAACGAUGGAUCUAAUAGCAAUGGAUCAUCGAAUACUGGAGAAAAUAGUACCAGUAGCUUUGCUCAUUAUAAAAGACGAGGAAAGGAUAUUUCAAUUGGGAGACAGGAAAGUGAAGCUGGUCCAGAUACUAAUGCUGGAAGGUCAGCAAAAUGUUUGGAUACUAGCCUGGAUAUUUCAAACAAAGUCAAUGCCUUGCCUAUUGGUGGAAUUCAAGUUUCUUCCACACCGACUAAAGAUUUAGUUCCAAGUUCUUGUUCAGAUCUGAAUGAAACUAUGUCUUGUAUUGAGGCUGUAGAUAAGGAGGGUCAGAGAUUGGGUGUAGAAAAAUCUACCAGUGGCAGAAAUAAGCUGCGUUCUAAUGACAAAGGUCCUAUUAAUGUAGCUAGUGCGAGCAGUCUGGACACACUCUUGGAUCUGUGGGAAUCUGUUGGAGAUUUUCAUUUUGAUGUCCACUUCAGCAAAAAGUCCGAAGCAAAUUCUUUGCUUGCAUAUGAAGUACAUGGGUUAGCCAUUUGCUGGGAAAAUUCACUCGUGUAUUAUGUCAAUCUUGCAAAGAUUUUACGGAAUAGUGAUUUUGACUCCUGCAACAAUGAGUGUUCUGGGCAAGUGAACUCGAUUGAUGCCAACAUCUUGUUAGUCAUGAAAAUUCUCCGGUGGCAUAGAAUUGUUCGGAUACUAGAGAGAACUGGUGUACGGAAAUUUACAUGGAACUUAAAAAUUCAGGUCCAGGUGCUAAAAAAUGCUGGUCUUUCACUCAAUAAAAACAGUUUGAGUCGGUCAAUUAAUAGUGCCGCCAUCGAACUCGUAGACGGCUCAUUCUGUAGGCUGCCUCAGGUUAUUCUGCAUGAUGGAAUUGACUUGUGUGUUGUAGCCUGGAUCCUUUGGCCCGAGGAGGAGAAAAGCUCCAAUCCAAGUCUUGAGAAGGAAGUUAAGAAGCGUGUGUCCAGUGAGGCAGCAGCAGCAGCCAAUCAGAGUGGAAGGUGGAAAAAUCAGAUGCGAAGAGCGGCUCAUAAUGGUUGCUGUCGCCGUGUUGCUCAAGUACGGGCCUUACAUUGUGUUCUUUGGAAAUUGCUUGUUUCUGAAGGACUGGUUGACGCGCUGAUGAGUAUUGAACUUCCCUUGGUUCAUGUCCUUGCUGAUAUGGAAGAUAAGGGAAUAGGCGUAGACAUGGAAGGUUGCUUAAAGGCACGGAAAUUGUUGAGCAAAAAGCUUAAGAUUCUUGAGAACGAAGCUUACAAACUCGCUGGCGUGACUUUUUCACUAUAUAUGCCCGCUGAUAUUGCAAAUGUACUUUAUGAUCACUUGAAGCUCCCAAUACCUGAAGGACGCAAGAAAGGAAAACAACAUGUGAGUACGGACAAACAAUGUUUGAACUUAUUAAGGCUUGAACACCCUAUUGUUCCAGUAAUUAAAGAACACCGGACAUUAGCAAAGCUCCUGAAUUGCACUCUAGGAUCAAUAUGUUCUUUAGCGAAGUUAUCUAUGAGGACACAGAGGUACACAUUACAUGGUCAUUGGCUACAGACGUCAACAGCAACAGGCCGACUUUCGAUGGAGGAACCUAAUCUUCAGUGUGUUGCACAUAUGGUUGAAUUCAGAAUGCAUCAAAAUGGUGAUCCCCAAGGCGAUUCUGAUGGUACAAAUCUUAAAAUAAAUGCCCGGGACUUUUUUAUUCCGACUGAGGAAAAUUGGCUUCUCUUGACUGCAGAUUAUUCUCAGAUAGAAUUACGUUUGAUGGCUCACUUCUCUAGGGACCUUUUUCUGAUUGAACUACUCAGUAAGUCAGAUGGUGAUGCCUUUUCCAUGAUAGCAUCCAGAUGGACGGGCAAGCCAGAACACAAUGUUAGUUCUCAAGAGCGAGAACAAACCAAGAGGCUAGUAUAUGGAAUUCUCUAUGGCAUGGGUGCUAAUAGUCUUGCUGAGCAGUUGAACUGCAGUGCAGAUGAAGCUAAAGAGAAAAUUCAAAGUUUCAAAAAUUCGUUCCCUGGUGUUGCUUCUUGGCUUCAUGAAGCUGUUGCAUAUUGCCGUCAACACGGAUAUGUGCAAACUCUCAAGGGUAGAAAACGCUUUCUAUCAAAAAUAAAGGUUGGCAACAGCAAGGAAAAAGCUAAAGCUGAGAGACAAGCAGUGAAUUCUAUAUGUCAGGGUUCUGCCGCCGACAUAAUCAAGAUAGCUAUGAUUAACCUGUACUCUGUAAUUGCUGGGUUCAAUACAUGUAACUCCACCGAUGCACUUGCGACAAAAUUUUCUAUGCUGAAGGGGCACUGCCAUAUUCUUUUGCAGGUGCAUGAUGAGCUAGUAUUGGAAGUUGAACCUGCAUAUUUGAAGGAGGCUGGGUUAUUGCUUAAGACGUGCAUGGAGAGUGCAGCUUCUCUUCUAGUUCCUUUACGAGCGAAGGUUAAGGUUGGAAGGACAUGGGGUUCAUUGGAGCCCCUCAAUGUCGACGAUGCUGGAGAAUAAAGUUUCUCGUACAAAAUUUUUCCAUCUUGAUGACAUUCUCUGGAGGGGGGACUAUCAAAGGCGAUUGAUGCAAUGGCACCAGGUGAACAAGAAACAUGCUGAAAAGCUGCGAGCCAGACAUAUCAGUUAUUUAGUGAACAAGCAACCUGUGAAAACACAGCUAGAUGCGUUUCACUUCCAUGCUAAAAUUUGCAAUAAACUCCAAAUACAUAAUAGCAACGGGAAAAUUUACAUAUCACAAACUAUUUUUUUCCGAACAACCUAAGCAUCCUGAUUUUCCUUUAAUGUUCUCAUAAUGCCAUAGUUCUUCUAUUUUCCCCAUGAUUCCAUAAAGAAUCUCGUGAUAUGUACUUUUUAAUGGCAUAUCACGGUUAUAUGCCAUCUUCAGUGGUGGGAUGUGGAAAGGUCGUGGUAUACGGUGCCAACACUAAAUCAAGAGAUACUCGUUAUGCCCGUGAGAUGUGCUUUGCAGUUCAGGUAUGUAUUGCAUGUAGGCAACCGUAUUUUUUUAAAUGAAGCUAUCUAUUACUGUGAAUAUGCCAAAAAACUUCAAUACAUAUUUGUCUUUUUUUUUUGUUAGAGGUAGUAUGAGGGAAGUGAAGGGUUAAAUGAGAUUCAAUCUCAGGUUUUUGUCAGAAAAGAUUAUAUUUGCUCCAAGUGAAAUAAAAAUUAAUUUUCCAUAUGCAUUUGUCUUUACAUGUGAUUACUUAAUUUCUUUGCUAUCAAUAUUGCAUUUUUCUCUUAGUUUUGGGCUUUUGGCAGCUGUGAUGCCCAUGUUAUUAAAAUUUAUAAAAUGAUGUAUACUUUUCUCUUUAAUAAAUGGGCACUACAGGAUCCAUUGAGUAAAGAAAGACAAUUUUUGUAAAUACCACUAUAGCAAAAUCUAGUGGGUGGCUAUCUUGAACUUGUUGAGGAGAGCCCCUGCCAACAGACACCUCAACUAAC